CAUAUGUAUGAAAUUAUUAUUUCAUUAUAAAGGAAUAAUAAAAUAAAGUGUUAAGAAAAUACAAAUUUUUAUGAAAUACUGCAGUUUUUGAUAACUUUGAAACUGUAUUUUUAAAUAUGUUCAAAACUUCAUGUAUGUGUUUGUAAUUUUAUUACAAUUUUACAGACUUCACAUAGGGUUUAAAACAUGAGAAGAUUUUGUAUGAAUUUUGGGAUUUGUAAAACUGUAUGGAUUCUAUUUCAGGAACAGAACUCGUUCAGUGACAAAACUAUCUGUUAAGAGAUGUUUGCAUUUGGUUUUCAUGGUUUGCCUACUGCUAUGAUGAUACCUAUUACAUAUGCUAAAGCUCAAAGUUAAAGGUAUAACAAAAAUGUUGAACUGCUGUUGGAUUGUUUAUGAACUGAAGAUUGCCUAGAGAAAUGAUAAUCAUGUUGUAUGAUAUGGCAUUCUUUCAGAUGUGUUUGCAACUAAUAGAAAUUUACAGUACCUUGAUAUCAUCAAUGAUAGAUAUGAGGUAGCCUUUCAACCAUUCAAUCUUUUUUGUUCAAUAAUGUUUUGAAAAGUCAGAGACUUGUUAAGAUGAUUGUCCUCUAGAAUAUAGUAUGGAUUCUUCCCGGUCCUCAUGAUCAAGAGAGUUUCGUGCAGAAAUUUGUGCAACCAGUCACCUCUUUUUCUUUUCAAGACGAUCCAUAAUACUGUUCAUUUGCAAGAAGGUUAGAAAGGCGGCCGUGUAAUGAUAUUUUCAUCGACAAAAUUUGUGUAUCCAAGGAAGAAAUUUCACGAGCCGUCAAAACCUCUUCGUUGGCCAGAAAUUGUUCCCGCAUCUUGUGAUAUAUAUUAUAACCCGCACAUUUUGAAAAAUCAGAGGCUUUUAGGUAAACGACUCCUUGGAUGAUAAAAAAUAAAAUCUCAAAAGUUUUAUAUUUGUAAGGAAUACUCGUGAUAAGCUGGGGACUCCUCAUCAUGAUCUACUCCCCCCCCAAAAAAAUUACUCUUUUCUCUCUCGUUCUAUUUAUAUAUAGAGAGAGACCCCCCUGUCCCUUCUUCCUUUAUCUCUGGACAUCCAUGGGAAUUAAAGGGUGACUGAAAAAAUAAAAAGGUCAUUGGUUGGUUAUUUUUUUCUUUCACUUCCUCAUUCCAACCCACUCAAAAAGGGUCAUGGAGAUAAGAUUUCUUGGAAAUGGUAUAUAAGCAAAAACAAAACUGACGUCAUAGAGACUAUACGUAUAAAGAGGCGAGAUCAUUUCAUUUGAGCCAUGUCCCUAUUAGAUAUCUUCUCGACUCAAUUUAUUUUGGGUGUGGAGGAUUUGAAGACGCUGACGCAAAUUGCCAAGCUGAAAAUCUUUUGAGCAAGUCAUUGUGCUAAAUUUAUUCUACAUUUACCAGCUGACCAAGUGAUCAUUUCUUUCAAGCAUGUAGUCAAAUCAUCCGACCUGCUCGUUCAGAAUAUGAAUAGGAAUCUAUUCGACUCUCAACAAACAAAAGAUUGCUCAUCCUUCUCUUGGAACCGGGUGCAUCAAGCUUUGAAAUGUCCCAUUCAAACAGACCGGAGAUAUACAGAUUUGCGCGUGAGUCUUCGGUGGAAGAAUAUUUUUCUCGCGAAAAGAUACUUUUCUUUUGGAGUGAGAACUAUGGCCGAGGACGAAGUUCUUAUCUAUCAGACCACAGCUUCUCUCCUUGUCUAUUACAAAUCAUCGUCCCCUAAUAUCUAGGAAAGAGGUUUCAAAGUGACCAACAGGUUGAAAUUUAAGAAAUAUAUUCUAAGACCUUUCAAAAACCAUGUAGUCCCUUCGAAGACGCAUUAUCUCAUUAUAACGACACAGAAGUGCCUGUUUCUCGUCAAUCGCUGCUCGUAGACUCUUUGGAAACAAUUGAAAAAGGAGAUUCCUUUCCAAACCCCGACUUCGUUUCAAGAUUACGAACAGCCUACCUCUCCCUUCCCUUCUUUAGAUGAUAAGAUGAGAUGGAAAAAACAGUCAUUGCACGAAAUGCGAUUAGCGGGUAUACGGAAAGAAAUUGAAGUGAUCACGACUGAAGAUCAUGAAGAGGAGGAGAAAAAAUCACCUAUUAAGAAAUGUAUGACUUACUGCAACAUGCCUGGCAUGGAACUUGGAGAUCCGGUCAUGAAUCCAGAAUUCUCUUCUCAAACUUGUCCAGACUGGCAGCCUCUUUUGGACACUCAAACUUGUCCAGAACCUCUCUCAGAAUCCUCUUCAUCUCAAACAUGUCCAGAAAUCAUGGAGGCAGAACCUCAGCCUGGUCCAGAAGUCAUGGAGGCAGAACCUCAACCUGAUCCAAAAUCUCAAAUGUGUCCAGAAAUCAUGGAUCCCCAAACUCGUCCCAAAGAGGCUCAAAAAUAUUCAGGAAAAUCUUUUGAGGAUCCAACACUUCCUGCAUGGGACAAUUUUAUGGAUUUACAAAGUUUAGUGGAUCUUGAAGAAAAUAAUAGUGAUUUGUGGGUAAAAGAUUGUGUAGAUAAGUUAACCUCGAAUGAAACUGAACUGUUAUGGAAUUGUAUCUCUGAAAUUAUAUUGGAAAUGUCAUAAUUUUUUUUAACAAAUUGUAUCAUUGUAAUAAUAACAAUAAAAAAUAUUAUAUAUACCAA